AUGCUAUCCGGCUUCGUGGCACCCUUCAAAGCUUUCGACAACUUCUACUUCGUUGGCCACACCGGCGAGGGCAUCAAGGGCGUGAUCAUCACGCAGGAGCACCUCGACCAUUAUGGCGGCGCGGAGUACCCGCAAGACAGGUUCGGUGUAAAAGUGUACGGCCUAGCGCCCUUCUGGGAUGACAUGGCUUUGCUGCCGGCAAACGCCACGCAUCCUGCGUCAGCGAAAGGCGAGACCCUUACGGAUGGCCAGAAGUGA